AAUUAAAUCAUAUGAAGCCCAUAUUAAGCCCAAUUGCUAUACCCACAUUUGCUUCGGUGUUUUUGUGAGGAGCUGAAAAACCUCAGAAAACCCCUCUUUCUCCUCUGAAGCUGUUUGUUGCCGGAGAAAAUGGUGAUGCUGUUGAAGAAGACAGUGAAGAAAGGUUUAAUCGGCGGAAUGAGCUUCGCUAAAGACGCCGGAAAAAUCAAUUGGUUUCCCGGUCAUAUGGCUGCAGCAACUCGCGCCAUUCGCAACCGCCUCAAGCUCUCCGAUCUCGUUAUCGAAGUUCGCGAUGCUCGUAUUCCUCUGUCAUCGGCGAACGAGGAUCUACAAUCCCAAAUGUCAGCUAAAAGACGUAUCAUUGCUCUGAAUAAGAAAGAUUUAGCAAACCCUAAUGUUCUCAAUAAAUGGACUCGUCAUUUCGAAUCCAGCAAGCAAGAUUGUAUUGCCAUUAAUGCUCAUAGCAGAAGCUCUGUCAUGAAGCUGCUUGAUCUCGUGGAAUUGAAGCUUAAGGAAGUGAUUGCUAGGGAGCCUACUUUACUUGUGAUGGUGGUUGGUGUCCCCAAUGUUGGAAAAUCUGCGCUCAUUAAUUCGGUCCAUCAAAGAGGAACUCGCUUUCCGGUGCAGGAGAGAUUAAAGAGAGCUACGGUUGGUCCAUUGCCUGGUGUAACACAAGAUAUUGCUGGUUUCAAGAUUGCUCAUCGACCUAGCAUAUAUGUUCUAGACUCCCCUGGUGUGUUGGUCCCAAGUAUUCCUGAUAUCGAAACCGGUUUGAAGCUUGCUCUUUCAGGGUCCGUUAAAGAUUCAGUUGUGGGUGAAGAGCGGAUUGCACAAUACUUUCUAGCUAUUCUAAACAUUCGAGGGACUCCUCUUCAUUGGAAGUACUUAGUUGAGGGAAGAAACGAAGGGCCUCAUGCAGACUGUAUCGAUAAACCAAGCUAUAACCUAAAGGAUCUUCGACACCAGAGAACCAAACAACCAAAUUCAUCUGCUCUGCACUAUGUCGGGGAUAUGAUUUCAGAAGUGCAACGAUCACUGUAUAUAACGCUCUCAGAAUUUGAUGGGGACACAGAGGAUGAGAAUGAUUUGGAAUGUUUAAUAGAGCAACAGUUUGAAGUUCUACAGAAGGCACUGAAGAUUCCACACAAAGCAUCCGAAGCAAGGUUAAUGGUCUCCAAGAAAUUUCUUACUUUGUUUAGGACAGGUAGACUUGGUCCCUUUAUCCUUGACGAUGUCCCUGAAACUGAAACUGACCACCCCAAUUCGAGACGCGUAGUUGUUUGGUAAAAUCUUAAAGCAAAUUGUAACACAUUAUGCGUGCAGCUUAAGAUGAUGAUUCUAUUUGUUUACAUUUGAGAUUUAAUGGCGUUGCUCCAGUAA